GAAAGAGUUGUCAGUUUUUUUCCUGAAGACCUUUAGUUCCUUCCCUUGGUGAUUUACACCUACAUUGCCUGCAGGAAACGUACAGAAUUAUUUCACAAAAUUCUCCUGUCUCAAAAAUAUGCUUUUCUCCCAUAGGAUCUUCUUAUAUCUCUGAACGGAGAUGUUACAUUGUACAGUGUAAGUCUUAUUUAUUAUAUAAUACUAGCUGUGCCCGGCCACGCGUUGCUGUGGCGAAGUCUGGUGGUAUGGGAAAUAAAGUCUUGAGGAAUUGGUGGUAGUUAAGGUAAAGGGUAAAGGUUUUCCCCUGAUUAAGUCCAUUAUAAAUGGGUAAUAUAGCUGUGUGGAAGGGCCUUGAGUCUACACUGCCAUAUAAUCCAGUUAAAAUAAGAUAAUCUGUAUUUUAUAGGCAGUGUGGAAGAAGCCUAAGUGAGGCCUAACUCUGCUUGUCUCCUGGGCUGAGUGGGUUUCUAGGAGAUCAAGUGGGUGAAGCUUAGCCUUCUAACUGGCAGCAAUUGAUAAAAACAAUUAUUCCUCUCCCUCUAAUUAGGACUUUAUUUUUCUUUUCUUUUUGUUGUAUGAACGUAGAGGCAUGGAUGAGGGGUUGUGCUGCCAAGUUUAGUGUUUCUGGGAUGUGUAGUUUUGUUGUUUUGUCCUAGGCCGAAAUUUCAUUACCCUUUUAUAUUUAUAGAUACUGUAAGAGAUCCAUUCAAGUUCAGAGAGUUUUUUAAAAAUAGGUCCCUUAUGUAGACUGGAUCUCUUUCACGUAGACUGCAUGUCAUCCACAUUGCCUAAAUGUCCGAUCACCAUCUCCCAAAGCAGUUACUUUAUUCCCAGCUUAAAAACAGAAAGCAGAAUGUCGGUGAACAACAACAGUGAUUUAAAGAUGGGCUUUAAGCAAAUCUGUUGAACCUGGAGGUCAGCUGUUACCAACGGUACCAUGGAUUUUGAAGAGGCACAAAUAGAGGGCGAAAGGGAAAAACGUGUCAAGCAAACUUGUUGUGACCACCUUCCAUCUAGAAAUCUAUGCCCUCGUCGUGAAAGGACACGUGAAUCCAGAAUAGGUCUUCAGAGUCAUUUAUGGACCUUUUGCCAAGACUCUACUUCUGGAAGACAAUCAUACUCGGCCAUGAAGUAUCACCUAUGAUGAUGAGGUUGCAUGUGUUGAGAAAACCAGAAAGGUUUAAAGCAGUGGUUCUCAACCUGUGGGUCCCCAGAUGUUUUGGCCUACAACUCCCAGAAAUCCCAGCCAGUUUACCAGCUGUUAGGAUUUCUGGGAGUUGAAGGCCAAAACAUCUGGGGACCCACAGGUUGAGAACCACUGGUAAAAUGGUUUGAGCCUUGGACUAAUACUUAGGAGACUAGGAUUCAAAUCACUGCUCAACUGUGGAAACCCAUUGGAUGACCAUAGGCAAGCCUUGAAGAAAUCUUGCAAAGAAAAGCCUACAAUAUGGUUCCGUUCACUUGUUAUUUGAUUAUUUGAUCUCUCAGACUGAACUGAGGAACUCUUACAGUGAAAAGAUCAACUCCAGCCUUGAAAUGUGAACGGAUUACUCAGGUGAGAGCAUGGCAGGAAGGUUUGUACUUUUGAAAGACUUGCCUCUCCCAAAAUAUCACUUGCAUUGUAAGAUGCAGGAGUGCUUGCCAAUUAUAGUUAAGUUUGCACCUUGCAUUUCCUGUCAGGAAUUGUGGGAGUUGAAGUCCAAAACACUCAGAGGGCCGAAGUUUGCCCAUGCCUGGUGUAGACUCACCCAAUGUCUUCGUUUCCUAGAAAUUACGGGUGAGUUAUUUAUUUAUUUUUUAUAAUAGAUUUUAUUAAGAGAAAAUAAUAUUUUGUAUACAUAAAAGUAGGGGAACAAUAUAGGUACAGGAAAAUAGGACAGAAAAAAAGAAAGGGAAACUUCCAAUGAAACCAGAAUAUUAUCUUCUCAGUAUGUUCGAUUCGGGCUUAUUUGCAGAUCAAAAUAUGGACAAAUUGUUUAUUUUUUUUUCCAACAGCGGCGAAGAUCGUCUUCGCCGAAAAAUGGAAACAGGAUAUUAUUCCUGAUGUGAAUGACUGGAUUAUUAAAAUUAUGGAAAUAAAAGAUAUGGACAAACUAACAUUUCUAUUAAAAGAGAAUACAGUAGAGUCUCACUUAUCCAAGCCUCGCUUAUCCAAGCUUCUGGAUUAUCCAAGCCAUUUUUGUAGUCAAUGUUUUCAAUACAUCGUGAUAUUUUGGUGCUAAAUUCAUAAAUACAGUAAUUACAGCAUAACAUUACUGCGUAUUGAUCUGCUUUUUCUGUCAAAUUUGUUGUAUAACAUGAUGUUUUGGUGCUUAAUUUGUAAAAUCAUAACCUAAUUUGAUGUUUAAUAGGCUUUUCCUUAAUCCUUCUUUAUUAUCCAAGAUAUUCGCUUAUCCAAGCUUCUGCCGGCUCGUUUAGCUUGGAUAAGUGAAACUCUACUGUAAUGAUAGUGGAUUGAAGAAGACGGACUGGUCACUUUUAGAAAAAUAUCUGACGAAAAAUUAAAAUUUGAGCGGGAAAGAAUUCUUAUCUUUUUGUAUAGUUUUAGGUCAUUACAAAAUUAAACUUACAGGAGGAGGAAGAAGGAAAUUACGGGUGAUUUAUAAUGCAACGUUCACAACAGAGCAAGCAACCAAGGUGAACCUCCUCUGCCAAGAGAUGCCUGCCUCAACUCUCCUACUUCUAGUUGCAACCCCUGAAUUGGACAGGUAAUCAACCUGCGACUGGCAUCUUUCUUUGUCCCCUUUAUGACAUCUCCAGGUUGCCAUGGCUUCCUUCCUCCCUCCCUUGUAAACAAUUUCAUCAGGAUUCUUUCAGUGGAACUUCUGUGGAGCGUGGCUGCCGGGCAACAGCACCAAGGCUGCUCCGCAAACAAGUGGAGAGAGCAGUCAACAGCUGUAGGACGGAGACGCCAAAAAGGAGGACUUGCUGCGGGAAAAUAAUUGGAAGCUGCCAUGGCGACUCUGAGCAUGAAGCCGGGCCAGAGGUUCACAUUCCCCGACUGGCGCAUGAACCGCGAGCUCCUCGUGAGCAACGCUGAGCGCCAGCGCAUUGCUUCCCACCAGAUCCGACAAGAGGCCCGGGCUCUUCGCAAUGAAACGAACAACCAGACAAUAUGGGACGAGCACGACAACCGCACACGCCUCAACGAAAGGAUUGACUGUGUCAACCGACUGAAGGAAAUGUUGGACAAAUGCCUGACCAACAUUGACAUAGAAAUCAGUUCUUUAACCCAGAUGAAGGAGAAGGCAGAGCGUGCCCUGCAAGCAAAGAACCUUCCUCUGGACGUGGCCAUUGAAAACCUGACUCUUCGGGAGAGUCGCCGAGGCAUUGACGUGGUCAAGGACCCCGUGGAGGACGAGUUGCACAAGGAGGUGGAGGUGAUAGAUGCCACCCGGAGAGACCUGCAGCAGAAAGUGAGCGAGGCCUUUGAGCAACUCUGCUUACUGCAAGAGGCCCGUCAACAACUGAACUUGGACCAUCGGGGCAAGAUGGAAGCCCUGGAGAUAGACCGGACCUGUGUCUCCCUCAACAUCCAUUCCCCCAACAUCUCAUACAAAGUCAAUCCCACCCGAGUGCCGAAUGAAUCCUUGAGCCCAGAGCAGUGGGACCAGUGCAGCCAAUACAACAAGGAGCGAGGAGAGGCGGAAGUGAAAGCAUCCUACGAAUUGCGGGAAGCCAUAGCACUCACCAUUGCCCAGACUGACAACGAACUGGAAGCUCAGCGUGUGGCCACCGAGUUUGCCUUCCGGAAGCGGGUCCACGAGUUGGAGAGAGCCCUGGAUGAGCUGAGAUGGGGAGAAAAAAACACCAUGGAAGAAAUUGCUGAGAUGGAGGACGACAUCAGGCGCCUCGAGGAGGAUCUCCGGAUCAAAGUGUGGAAUCUGAAGCUGGCUCACACUCGCCUGGAGACCCGGACUUACCGCCCGAACCUGGAGCUUUGCCGUGACCAGGCUCAGCACGGAUUGACAGAUGAGGUUCAUCAGCUGGAAGGCACCAUUGCUAUCCUUAAACAGAAGCUGGCACAAGCUCAGGACGCUCUGGACGCGCUCCAGAAGCAGCUCUACCGCAUCCAGACGGACAUUGCGGUCAAGGCCAACUCCCUGCUGCUGGACAACAAGUGCCUGGACACGAGGCGCAAGCUGACGGUUCCCGGGGAGAAGUUUGUGCCCGAGGUGGACACGUUCAACCGCACCACCAACCGCACCCUCUCGCCCCUCAAGAGCCGCCAACUGGAGCUGGCUUAAGACCAGAGCCUCCGGAUCCUCAUUCCUUGCUCUUUGGAGUUUGCGAAAUUCGCACCACGGUCCCUUGAAGCGACUCGCCGUCUUGGCAAGCCGAGAUGGGAUUUCAAUUGCAUCCCGAUGGCUUUGGAAAUUUAAGAAAGAGUGAUACCUAAUAAACAAAUCCAUUCUCAUUAACAAAA